UGGUGUAGUAAAGAUUCAGCAGCAAAUUAUUCUUUUCUAGAGUUGAAAAAAAUAACUUAUGUGAUAGACACAAUAGUUACUUUGUGCUUCUGCUCUACAGUGUUUGCCGCUAAGUCCGUAUUUAUCUCCACUUCGGCAAAAACCACCCAACCGCAGCCUGUUAAUGACUCUGCAAACAUUACCAGGCUGAAAAAAAAUAUAGCUUCACCGCUGGAGUCUGCAGACACCUGCCAGCCUCCAACUCAUGAUAUGAGUAAACAGAUGAGCUCUCAGCAAGAAACUGAACAAAUAUUUCCCAAGUUGCUUUCUUGGCUUUCUGAAGUGCAGAAGAGGCUUGGGGAGCCAUCCAAAACUCAGCAGGUGGUGACAUCUUCAGCUAAUCUUCAUCAGAACAAAACAUACAAAAGACAAGUAAAAAGUGAACAGCAUCUUCACCGUUUGCAUCAUAUGUAUUACUUCUCUCUUGUGAGUGCAGCAUUAUCUAAGAGGCUACUAGAGCAAAAUGGUCAAUUUUCAGACAUCAGAAGAGAAGACUAUGUUCAUGAUCUGGUUGAAUAUUUAUUUCCAAAUGAGCACGAAAGAUCUGUAAGGAAUCAAACCAAAAAGAUAGUAGAUGAAAAGAGAACCCCAGCUUCCGUAGGUAUAAAGCAGCUGGAAAUGAAGCAUAUGGUAUCCACCAAAAUACUGGGAGUUCCAAAAGAAAAGAAGAUGAUGAACCAAGAGAGUGAUCUUGUUGAAAUAGCUGAAGAGGAAAAAUGCAACACCACUACCUUUGGCCAGCAUGAAAUGAUUCCUGUCCCUUUAACUCUGGAAGAUGUUGCUCUCUACAGUCCAGUUGUUGAAUCCAAGUCCUCAGGCAACUACUGGAUAAACUACACAGACAACGAUUUUAUCAGCAACAAUGAAAAAUAUUAACCACAAAUGCCACUCUGAAGAUAUUAGAACGUUUACUAUGAUUAGUGUUGCUGACUGUGAGAAUGAGCAAAAGAAUGUAUGAAAUCCCACCAUUCUUCUCUUUCUCAACUAUCCCUUCCUUUAAUUAAAAUAGAACAUUGUUUCUAAAAGAUUACCAUGUAAUAUUUAUCGACAUACUUUUUGAUUUGUUAAUAUGUUUAACAAUGUUUUUCUAAAAAUAAUGUAUAUACAUUAUCUUCUCUCUUCUUAUGACUAGUUUCAUUGCUACACACAGAGGACUCUGUUGUUCCUCAAAACAGCUAAUCAUCCUUUAAUACUGUCUUUUUAU